UUGCCACCAUUGUCUUCUCCACAGCUCAGCUCAGAAUCUCUCCUCCGGCCUGCAAUUCCGUUCACAGCUCAAUCUCUACCUCUCUCCCUCUCUCCCUCUCUCCCUCUCUCUCUCUCUCAUCUCCAUAAUCUUCUUAUACGAGAGCUCAGCGGAGGGAGGAGAAGAUCAGAACUUUCAGGCCGUACUAGAUGUUCCCGCAGUUUGGCGCCACGGCGGAGACUCUGAGCAAGGCGUCGACACUGGUGUUCCGGAUCGGCACAGACGCCCACCUCUACGAUGAUCCGGAGGAUGGCAAUAUCGUUGAGCUUCUGGAAAGCAAGUUUGACUCCGAGAAGUGCGAGGCUCUCAAGCGAUUGCUCGCUCUCAUAGCCCAGGGCAUCGACGUCUCCAAUUUCUUCCCUCAGGUUGUCAAAAAUGUCGCGUCUCAGUCCUUGGAAGUGAAGAAACUUGUCUACUUGUACCUGCUGCAUUAUGCAGAAAAGCGUCCAAAUGAAGCAUUGCUUUCCAUUAAUUGUUUCCAGAAAGACUUGGGAGAUACGAACCCACUGGUGAGGGCAUGUGCACUCCGCACAAUGGCGGGAAUCCGUCUUCACGUGAUUGCACCAUUAGUUCUUGUAGCUGUGGGGAAGUGUGCCAGAGAUCCAUCGGUUUAUGUCAGAAAAUGUGCUGCUAGUGCUUUGCCCAAGUUGUAUGAUCUGCGCAUUGAAGAUAAUAACUCCAGCAUAGAAGAGGUUGUUGGAAUACUGCUAAAUGAUAAUUCACCUGGAGUUGUAGGAGCUGCUGCUGCUGCUUUUGCUUCUGUUUGUCCAGAUAACUUUUCUUUGAUUGGUAAAAGCUAUAGAAGAUUGUGCGAGAUUCUUCCGGAUGUCGAGGAGUGGGGUCAGAUUGUGUUAAUUGGUAUCCUUUUACGCUAUGUUAUCGCAAAGCAUGGCUUGGCAAAGGAAUCCGUUAUGUCGUUUCUGCAUCACACAGAGACUCCCCAUGUGGGAGAAGAUGAUCCCACUACCAACUUCAUGAAAGAAGAAACUAUUGGCAUGAUGGAUACUGCGAACUCUGAAUUGACUCAUAUGAUAUGUCGGUCUUAUAUUGAAGGACCAGAUGAGUACUUAUCACGUUCAAGUUACAUAAAUAAGGGUUCCAACACAUUGGAUUCUGCAAGGUACACAUCUAGCAAAAGCAACGAUGAUGUGAAGCUCCUGCUGCAGGGUACAUCCCCGUUGUUGUGGAGUUAUAACAGUGCAGUAGUAAUUGCAGCUGCCGGUGUACACUGGAUUAUGGCUCCAGUAGAGAAUGUAAAAAGAAUUGUCAAACCGCUUUUAUUUGUCCUGAGAUCAUCUCAUGCUACAAGAUACGUGGUGCUCUAUAACAUUCAAGUUUUUGCGAAGGCAAUGCCUUCUCUCUUUGCACCAUACUAUGAAGACUUUUUCAUAAGUUCGUCUGAUACGUAUCAAAUCAGAUCUUUGAAGCUUGACAUACUAUCAUCCAUUGCUAUGGAUUCGUCUGUAUCAGCUAUCUUGAGAGAGUUUCAGGAUUAUAUUAGGGACCCAGACAGGAGAUUUGCUGCUGAUACUGUCAGUGCAAUUGGUUUGUGCGCGCAAAGGCUUCCAGCAAUGGCUGAGACAUGCUUGGAUGGGUUACUGGCACUUUCUAGACAGGAAAUUUUCUCAAGUGAAUUUGGAUCCGUGGAUGAAGAAUCGAGAGUUUUGACUCAAAUAAUAAUGUCAAUAAAGUCAAUUGUAAAGCACAACCCAUUAAGGCAUGAGAAGGUUAUAAUACAAUUGUUCCGUAAGCUGGAUUCAAUCAAAGUUCCUGCCGCACGUGCAAUGGUUAUUUGGAUGUUGGGCGAAUACAACACCUUGGGUGGAAUUAUUCCAAAGAUGUUAACCACAAUACUUAAGUAUCUUGCGUGGUGCUUCAAAUCUGAAGCAUUGGAAGCAAAACUUCAGAUCCUCCCUGCUAUUGUUAAGGUCCUAUAUAACGCUAAAGGAGAUGAUCACUUGACCGUUAGAAAGGUUGUAAACUAUGUGUUUGACCUAGCUGAGUGUGACAUAAGCUAUGAUGUCCGUGACCGAGCUCGCCUUUUAAAAAAAACUCUUGAAUACAACAGUGGUCCUCGGAUUCUGGAGACUGAAAAUAGCAUACCAGCAGAGAAGGACCUGCAACAUGCAGUCCUUGAGCACUUAUUUGGAGGCAACCUGAAGCCAGUAUCACCUGAACCUCCAAAUAGCCGCUUUUAUCUUCCUGGAUCUCUGUCACAGAUUGUUCUUCAUGCAGCUCCAGGAUAUGAACCUCUUCCAAAGCCUUGUAGCUUGCUGCAGGAUGACCUGGACCAAAUUUCAAAUGAUAUUCGAGGAAUGGAUCUGAAUGAGAUGAAUGAUUCAAAUACGUCAUCUGGAUCUUUGGAUGAAGAGACUGCUUCAGAUUAUAGUUCUCAGAAUUCUAUCAGUGGCUCAAGUAAUAACAGUGAUAGUUAUGAGAAUGGUUCUGUCAGCGAAGAUAAUGGCAAUAAUGAACCACUUAUUGAGAUCUCAGAGGUUGGAAUAGCUCCUAGGAACGAGAAUGUAGAUCCUCAAUCUAGUUUGGCUGUUGGGGAACUGAUGUCAAAGACCGCUUUGGAGUCAUGGCUCGAUGAGCACCCUGGUUUAGCAAACAAAGAUCAAUCAGAUUCAAAUCGAGUUCGUAGAACUUCAGCAAGGAUAAGUAUUGGUGAUAUUGCAAGUCGGGUCAAACCUAAAGUUUACACACUCUUAGAUCCAGCCAAUGGAAAUGGAUUGAAGGUUGACUAUUCAUUUUCUUCUGAGGUUUCAAGUAUAUCCCCUCUCCUUGUGUGUGUGGAAGUGCUUUUCAAGAACUGUUCUGCCGAGGUCGUUCCAGAAAUAACUUUGGUUGACGAGGAUUCUAACAGCCAAAGGGAUUCCGCUGACCAACUAGUAGUUGGCUCUGAAAGUACUGUGCCAUCACUUAGCGAGGUGCCUCAUUUAGUACCCCUGGAAGAGGUUACAUCAUUGGAACCAGGUCAAGCUAUUAAAAGGACGAUUCAAGUUCGUUUCCAUCACCAUUUAUUACCCUUGAAGCUUGCAUUACUUUCUAAUGGCAAGAGGAUUCCCGUGAAGUUGCGCCCUGAUAUAGGAUACUUUGUUAAACCACUUCAUAUGAGCAUAGAAGUGUUCCUGGAUAAGGAAUCUCAUCUCCCGGGAAUGUUUGAAUACAUAAGGAGGUGCAACUUCUGUGAUCACCUCGUAGAGCUCAACAAGGACAAGAGCCAAGGCGCGAUAGAGAAAGACAAAUUUCUAGUAAUCUGCGAGAGCAUAGCCUUAAAGAUGCUAAGCAAUGCGAACCUCUUCCUGGUCUCCACAGAUAUGCCAGUUGAUUCCAAACUAGAUGAUGCCAAGGGAUUGUGCCUGAGGUUCAGCUGCAAGAUCCUCAGCAGUUCAGUCCCCUGCCUAAUCUCCGUCACUGUGGAAGAAGGUAAAUGUUCCGAGCCACUAAAUUUGUCCGUGAAGGUCAAUUGCGAAGAAACCGUGUUUGGGUUGAAUCUAUUGAAUAGGGUGGUGAAUUUUCUAGCUGAAGCCCCAUGAUGUCCUGUUUCUUUUGUUGUACACUGAAGGAAACUGGUCAUUGUUUUUGUGCUGCCCUCUUGUUCAUAGUAGACAAUUGCAUUUACUGAUUUGAGACACUUGGCCAUCACCGCAAUUCCUCAAAGUCGAUGGGAUGUAACUUGCUUAUUCUUUA